AUGACUGUACCUGAAAUAAUAAGUGAUGGCAAGUCAACACGCAGAAACCUGCAAAAGUUGCUCUUCUUUGGUGCCACAUCAGCUACCUUAGCAAUAGCUGCCCUUACUUCGAGAUCGAUAGCUACAAGGAAAUAUAUACCUACAUUUUUCCAACUCAAUACAAAAAUUCCAACAUUUUCAAGUAAAAGUGAAGCCCAGGCUGCAUUGGGACUUUCAUCAGGACUAUCAUUAGGAAUAUUUGCCAUUACUACUACUGGAUUUUGUUGGGCUCUAGAUAUUUCGUCCGCUUCCGAUUUUAAACAAAGGAUGAAGACAUUAUUCAAUACUAUAGAUGAGAAAGAAUAUAUGAAUGAUUCAGAUCCGGAAACUAACAAAAUUAUUGAAGAAUUAGAAGCCUUAAUAAAUAAAAAAUAG